AUGACGCCGGUUGCCCUGCGACAGAGACACGGUGCAUGUAGCAUGUAGCAUGUAGCACGCAGCUAGAAGCCACUUUAACAGGAUAUCGCUGCUGUCUGCGACAUAAAAGCGACAACGCGAGUUCCUCUGCGAGCAACUGAGUUACCGCCUCCACAGAAAGGCGCCCAGUGGCGGCACUGUGGGCCAGAAGCUCCCGGUUACCGAGCUGGUGUCCGCCGGUUAGCCGUCGGUAGCUGCUGUCGCUGUUUCCAGGUAACCAGGUGACCAGGUGACUAUGUGACAGCCAGCGCGUGGGUCGGUGGCUGUUGUGUGGAGCAGUGCAUGACCGCAGGUGGAGGAGGGCAGGUGGAGGAUGGAGACCUGGACCCCCAAUCCCCGAGCCAAGCCCUUCAUCCCCCGCCAGCAGAGGAGCCUCUACCUCACCUGGAAGUACAAGCUGACCAACAAGAGGACGAUCCGCAGGUUGUGUCAGGCUGGCGCUGUCCUCUUUCUGCUGAUUACGGUCAUAGUCAACAUUAAACUCAUCUUGGACACCAGGAGAGUAGCGAAUGAAGACGCAGCAGCUCAAGAAUACGAGGACGCAGUACCCAACAUGGAGACGCCACGCAGGCCGCCUAAUGGACGCAAGGUUCUGGACAUCGAGGUGUACUCCAGCCGGUCCAAGGUCUACGUGGCGGUGGACGGCACCACUGUGUUGGAGGAUGACAUACGGGAGCAGGGACGAGGCAUCCACGUGAUAGUUCUGAACCAGGCAACUGGUCAUGUGAUGGCCAAGAGGAUAUUUGACACCUACUCUCCCCAUGAAGAUGAAGCCAUGAUCCUCUUCCUCAACAUGGUGACCCGGGGUCGAGUCCUCAUCUUCACCAUAAAGGACGAAGGUACGUUCCACCUGAAGGAUGCUGCUAAGAACCUGCUGAAGAGUCUGGGCAGCCAGGUGUCUCUCAACCUCAGCUGGAGGGACAUGUGGACCCUGGUGGUGAAGAAAGGAGGUCAGGUGUAUGGAGAGAAGCACUCAAAGUCUCCAGCUCUGUCCACCUGGGGAGACCCGGUCCUGCUGAAGACUGAGGUGCAGCUCACCGCCUCUGAAGAGGCAGAGUGCCACUGGGCAGACACCGAGCUGAACAGGAGGAGGAAGAUCUUCUGCGGCAAAGUGGAAGGAUACGGCAGCAUCUGCAGCUGCAAAGACCCGGCGCCCAUCGAGUUCAACCCGGACCCCCUGCCCGUCAAUAACGUCUUCAGUGUCCCUGUGGCCGUCAUAGCAGGGAACAGACCCAACUAUCUCUACAGGAUGCUGCGGUCACUCCUUUCAGCUCACGGCGUCAACCCGCAGAUGAUCACAGUCUUCAUUGAUGGAUAUUAUGAGGAGCCUAUGGAUGUCGUAGAGCUGUUUGGACUGAAGGGAGUUCAGCACACACCCAUCAGCAUCAAGAACGCCAGAGUGUCCCAGCACUACAAGGCGAGUCUGACUGCGACCUUCAACCUUCACCCAGAGGCCAGCUUUGCCAUCGUCCUAGAAGAAGACCUGGACAUCUCCAUCGACUUCUUCAGUUUUCUGAGUCAGACCGUCCACCUGUUGAAUGAGGACGAGAGCCUUUACUGUAUCUCCGCCUGGAACGACCAGGGCUACGAGCACACAGCGGAGGACCCGGCCCUGCUGUACAGAGUGGAGAGUAUGCCCGGCCUGGGCUGGGUGCUGAAGAAGACCCUCUACAAGGACGAACUGGAGCCAAAGUGGCCGACACCUGAGAAGCUAUGGGACUGGGACAUGUGGAUGCGAAUGCCGGAGCAGCGGAAAGGCCGAGAGUGCAUCAUCCCCGACGUGUCGCGAUCUUACCACUUCGGCAUCAUCGGCCUUAACAUGAACGGCUACUUCCAUGAGGUAUAUUUCAAGAAGCACAAGUUCAACACUGUUCCCAAUGUGCAGCUAAAGAAUGUUGACAGCUUAAAGAAGGAUGCUUAUGAAGUGGAGAUCCAGAACCUGCUGAAGGAAGCGGAGGUGCUGGACCACACUAAGAACCCGUGUGACGACUCGUUCCUGCCGGACUCUGAGGGGAAGACCUACGUCAUGUUCAUUAAGAUGGAGACAGAGACGGACACAUCCACCUGGACAGAGCUCGCCAAGUGCCUCCAUGUUUGGGACCUGGAUGUUCGGGGAAACCACAGAGGCCUGUGGAGGCUCUUCAGAAAAAGGAAUCAGGUCCUGGUGGUGGCGGUGCCAAUCUCCCCAUACUCGGUGAAGAAACCAGCCGCUGUCACUCCCAUUCACUUAGAGCCUCCGCCCAAAGAAGAGGGAGCCCCGGUGGAGCAGAUGUAGACCUGAUGUUACACCCACGAACAACCAGCCCAGGCCUUAUCUCUUGUCCUCUCUCCACCAACAACCACUAAUAAUCCAGCCUGGGACCCACAACUACAACACUGACUUUUCCUAGAUGUUGAAGGUACGAGAGGAUACCUGGGAAAUGGAGUCCUGACUUUUUUUUUCUUCCUUUUUCUUUUUCAAACUAAAGAGGGAUUAACACUACAAACAAACUGAACUACGAAAUCCGUCCAACAGCUCGAGGAGGAGCGGCGACACUAAAACCAGUUUCGGUUAAAACGCGAAAAACAACCAAAACCGUACGUGACGGUAGACAGCUGCCUUUUUCCGUUUCCAUGACGACUGGGUUGAUCCGCAGCCUGUUGAGUUUCAGUUCGAGCUGCGACUUCUCAACAAGAACGGUAGAAAAAUGACACAAACACACGUUUUCUGCUUGGUUUGUUGUGUUUUUUCACUACUGAGUGCUUUGACCAUUUUGUACAUACGUUUUAACUUAUCUCUAUUUAUUUUACAUCUGUCAAUCAAAAUGGUGGUUUGGUGGUUUGCAUUUUGUUUUUUUUAAAAGAUCCACUUUUAUCAAGAUAAAUGCAUUUUUUAAGAGCCUAACGUUUACAGAUACUGAAAUAAUAAUGUAUAUACACGCGUAUAUAUUUUUUGAUGAAAAAUCUAAAGGGUCAGCAUAUUUUUCGGCAUUAGAUAUUGAGUUUGAGUGAAAGAGUUGAUAACAGCCCUGUGGGUUUUUACUAUUAUUGACUGCUUGGGUCAGUUGCCUCGUAUCAGGUUUUAUGAGGGAAAUUCAAUGGUGGCUGAAAGGGACAAAAAUGUAAACAUAUUCACAGAUUUAGCAGCAAACUCUGCGAUUAGAAACAUGGUAAACACCGUAAUGUGUACUCUGAUUGUACCGCAGUGAUUCUUUCCACUGACAGAAAAAACUAUCCAUCUUUGUUCAGAUACUUCCUGAUUUAAAUUAGUUUAAAUCCAGUUUGUGGCUAGCUUUAUGUCAUAAAAAGUUAUUUCUUAAAGUUAGGUACCAGGAAGAGUAAAACAAGUAUUUUUUGUGCCCGUAUUGAAAGUCCUCAAAAUCAGCAUUGAAAAUUUUUACAUUUACAAAAUAAGUGGAAAAUCAAAGUUUUAUACUAAAUUCAGUUUGUAAUUUUAUUAUUUUCUUCAAAUGUUGCUUUUAUUCUUAAAAAAAAAAAAACCCAAGACUCACUCACUGCAGCGUCGUACUUUCUACGUUCCUGAAUGCAGCGUUUGUGUCAAACCUGUGAACAAUGAGCUCGUUCUCUCAGUGUGCAGUUUUGGCUUCUCUCAGCCACCAUAGAGCUGGAGGCUCUAUCACUUGAACAGAAAGCAGCGACUUUAGCCGCGUUGCACGCUCGUCAUAGAGGCAGAAUACACAAAGCCCAUCUGGGUGUUUGCAGGCUACAGCUAACUGUCAGACUGCUUCAUGUGUGACUUUAAUCCACAGCUGUCACUGACCAGAAAACAACAGCGGUAACUCGUCUUUGUUGCGUCUAACGAUGUGAGCAAUGUGUUUGUUAUUUGCCUUAUUGUUUCGUUGUGUCCUUCAUCGUGCUGGAAGUGUUGGGAGGUUUGUUCUAACAUAUCACCUGCUAGUUGAACAACCAGACCGAUACUCUGAGACGAUGAAAUGGUGAAAAUCUUUCCACAGAAACGAAGUGUGAUUGCUGCUAUUGUAUUCGGUCCAUUGUUUCAAGAUCAACUUAGAUACCUUUUCAAAAUAAGAGUUUUUCUCAUUGUCUAGACGUAAGAGAUACAUUAUGAUUCUGUGGUUCUCAUUGAAUUUUGAAACAAUUGAAUUAUCUUGUUAUCUGGAGAUUAAAGACUAGUCAUUCUAAUAAUUAAUCCAGAUUUCCUAAUUAAGAGAUAAGGUCUUAGUUACUUGACAACAUCUCCUCUGUAUUCUUUGAUGAAUGCAGAAUGUUCUCUACAACUGACCUCAAACACUAAAAUCAUGGAUGAAUUAUUUCCUACCACAGUUAAUUUAAAAGGGACUGAUAAUCAGUAAUAAGCUGUUUAUAAAGACUUAAUAACACCAUUAUAUAACAGACAGAAGUGUUUAAUAAUGUCAGUAAAAAAAACCUGAAGCAUCUGUCCAUUUUUCUUUACAUAAAAACAAUCAGUUUGACCUUUUUGUCUUCAGUAUUUGUUUAUACAGUGGUUACAGAUGCUUCAUUGAUUAGUAAUGUAUUUGACAAUAACUAAACACUUAUUGAAAGUUCUGCUUCCAAGGAAAUUACAGUGUUACAGAUAUCCAUCAAUGGUUAAUAUACUGCUUAAUAUAUAGGUAUUAAUUGGGGGAUUAUAUCUGCGCCCAUCCCAUCUGUGUUCUGACCAUUUCAAAGUGUUUUUAUGUGAGGAGGAGAGUCCGUUUCACCUACUUCACCCUGGCUUUUAAUUGAUUUCCAGCUGACGUUACACUGUACCGACUAAAUGAAUGAGUGUGUGUGCAUCACGUUUCAAUGCAGCUCGAUCAGUAUUUGCAGAGUGGUUCGGUUUCAAUGUUUGUGAAAAACCACACAUGUGCAUUCAGAUAACCCUGGCUGAGAGAACCGCUUAUUCAGCAGUAUUACAACCCGUGUCGUGACUGAAAUAACAUCCGUUUGUGUCCUGGAAAUUUCUGUUUGGUUUUAAGAAAAUGAAGAUGUAGAAUCUGCCCAUUUUUAAAAAAAACUACUGAUUCAUUUCAGUCUGGUUUUUGUACGCGUGCUUGUCUGUGAAAUCGAAAGAGUAAAACUAAACCACUGUCCCCGAGCAAUACAGUUGAUUUUAUUGAAUGCUGUGAGAUCAUUCUGAAAAUCCUGGUGUGUGUGUGUGUGUGUGUGUGUGUGUGUGUGUGUGUGUGUGUGUGUGUGUGUGUGUGUGUGUGUGUGUGUGUGUGUGUGUGUGUGUGUGUGUGUGUGUGUUUUUUUUUUUGUGUGUGUGUGUGUGUGUGUGUGUGUGUGUGUGUGUGUGUGUGUGUGUGUGUGACAAUGAGAAUCUGUGGACAUACUGUAAGUUUUUGAGUUUCUUUAUCUUUUGUCAUGGAAAUGAAUAAAGAUGAUUUUUUUCCUGAGAA